AUGAAGCGCUCACGAGAGCUCGAAGAAGAGCUAGAUUCGAAUCCUGAGUACACGCAAGUGGAACCAUCUAUAAGACGAGUGUGUAAGGUCACUCAACUCGACUCCGCCAUCGACGACGAAGAGGAUACUAUAGCCAUGAGAUGCAACCUGCCUCCCCACAGGGAGCCCCUAUCCUUCAGAUCCUACGAUGAAUACGAGGUGCACUACAACAAGUCUCAUACUAACCGAUGUCUCGAAUGCCGCAAGAACUUCCCCACCGAGCACCUCCUCAACGUCCAUAUUGAGGAAUAUCAUGACCCGCUAGUAACUGUCAAGAGGGAACAGGGCGAGCAUACUUACUCAUGUUUUGUUGAAGGAUGUGAACGCAAGUGCAUGACACAUCAGAAGCGACGCAUGCAUCUCAUUGACAAGCACAUGUAUCCCAAGAACUUCUUCUUUGCCGUCACCAAGGACGGCAUUGAUGGUAGGCGGUCCCUCUUGAAUGACGGUAGCCACCAUCGCCGCCGAUCGUCAACCAAUUCCCAAGCUAUCAAAAGCUCUCGACGACGGGCUAGUCUGAAAGAGGGAGAGAGCACCUCUCCACAGCAAGCGCCCAAAUCACCACAGUCACCAAAGUCGCCCAAAUCGCCAACAGUGCAGAGAACGGAAAUGAAGCAGGGCGGCAAAAGGCCUGCGGAUACGGAGAUGGCGGACCUCACAGGCGCAAUGUCGUCCUUGUCCUUUGUUCCACCAAGCGUCCGCUUUGGACGUGGAAGAGCUGGCUUUUCCAAGACAUAG